AUGUCGGCGAAGAACUACUUCCUCAUCACGAUCCCUCACCUGGCGGACUCCAUUGAAGCGCUCAAGGCGAACAACGCGGGACACCAACAGGGUGCCCUUAUCCAAAGCGGCGUUAUCCGGGCGGCGGGAGCACAACUCUCACCGGAUGUUGUCUCCACGGACGCUAACGCAGUGGCGCACGUUCGGGGAUCGUGGGCGAUCGUCCAAACGGACAGCACCGAGCAAAUCUGGGAACUGUUGAAAGUGGACCCGUAUUGGGAAAACGGUGUGUGGGAUACGGAGAAGGUGUCCAUUGUGCCGGUCCUCAUCGGGAGGGGGAAUAUCCAGUAGGGGUCGGCUGAACGAGCACAAGUUGAGGAAUAGAUCACAGUUGCAGCGCCAGAUCCAUAGUGAAAGGCCGAAAGGACCACAGAGACUGUAUAGCUGGGUUCACAGGCCUGAGGGGUCGAACAAGAAGUAGCCAGAAUGAGAAGAGCAC